AUGCUGAGUGGAAUUGGUCUCUUCAGCUAUAGUCCGCCGACUGCCAAGGGGUUCCGGUUUGGAUUUGGUCCAUCAUUUAAGGUGGAGAUAACUGAUUUCAAUAGAAAUAUUUAUCUCGAAAGUCGAUUUUCAGAUGCGUUCCCCACAUCUCGGUUAGCUACUGGUAGCUUGAAUCUAGAAGUUGGUCGUAAAACAAGUUUCUCCGAGAUAUCUAUACGAUUUAAAGGUGUUAGACUUGAGUUUACCCCCUCUCCAACUCCAUCCGAUAGUCGAAGGUACAAUUCAAGAUUUGUCGUUGAUGAAACCAUAACGUUCUUCUCCCAAAAUGAAUUUGAAGAACCUUGGGAACUUGUGCCGGGUACUUAUAGGUUCCCCUUCGAGUUCAUUGUGGAUCUGGACUUACCGGAAUCAGUAGUACUGAAGGUUUAUGCUGUGAUGUAUGAUUUGACAGCCACUAUUAAAGAUGUCGCGGCUAUUUAUCCUCAAAAGGUAAUUGAGAAGUUACGGGUUAUCCAUUCCCUUCAAGACAACUUGAUGCUUGAUUCACAAGCAGCCAUACAUUCGCCCAUUCAAGCCAAGAAGGUAUUAGAUAACAUAUUUGAAGUGUCGGUACAUUUUCCCUCAGACAUUAUGUAUGUUGAUGGGGUCUGUAAUUACGAGGUGAGUACAAAAAGCUUAGCUCGUAAUACUCGAAUAAUCUUAGUUACCUUGUCCGUAUAUUUGAUACAAAGUAACGAAUUCAAUUACGAAAACGAUACUCAGAUCGUUGAAAGCGAUACUAAAAUACUAUUGCAAUCUAUACCGUUGGAGAAUGUCAUAUUGGAUGACACCAAUUUCAAAUGGGAAUAUCAGGGUUUAUUAAAAUUACGAGAUCUGAAGGGUAAGGAAGACAUUUUACCGUACGUCACUAGAGAACAAAGAAAAGGUUUUACAUGUACCCAUGCCGUAAGUGUGGAAUUGGAAUAUAACCUUCAACCUUUAACAGAAGAUGAUAAAAGUAGAAACUCAGCUUUGAGUCGAUUUACCCAUUUAGUGCUGAGAAGGAAUUCCAAUCGGUUAUGGUUUAGAAUGUUAAAUCCGGUCACCAUAUUGAGUGAAAAAGCCAGUACUGCCGGAGAUAAGCCACCAAUAUACGAAAUGUCCGAUAGUUCAACUACGGAAUCAACAGGGUUACCUCCAGGAUAUACGAAUUCGUAA